CACGAGUGAGGCGGAAGCAGGUUGUGAAGGUGUGCAGCUGCAUCAGUAAAUCGGUCGACCAUGAAACUUGUUUAUUUCUUGGCGUUUCUCUCUUUAUGCAUUUCAUUAAAUGCACACCCUGUGUCGGAACCGACCGAGGUUCCUCCUCCAGGAGGUCUCGAAGACGCGGAUGUAAAUGACGAAGCUGUCAAGAAUGCUGCAGCUUUUGCAGUAGGUGAAAUCGAUAAGCAACAAGAUUCGGAGUACAAGCUAGUCUUGGUUGAGAUUAUUAGUGCUCAGACACAGAUUGUUUCAGGAACAAUGUACUAUUUGGAACUAGAAAUUGGGGAGAGCAACUGUACCAAAGGAAUUGAUGUUGCCACCACAGAAUGUAUAAUCCAGGAGAACUCAAACAACCAGAUCUGCAGUGUGCAAGUCUUGGAAGUGCAAUGGGUAAAUAUACUUGAGGCUUCAAACAUAAAUUGUGUCCCAAAGUCAGAAAGCCAGAAGAAGAAAUCAUAGGGAUGGUACUGAUGUCAAGGUAAUAUCCUUCAUUGAUCUAAAAACAUUGGCUUUGAUAACUUCCAGAAUAAGCUGUGAGCAAGACUGGAUAAAUUUACAAAAAAUUAAAAGUACACCAUAACUAGUUUUUUCAUGUUAUAUGAAACAGUUUCAAACAGAUUAAUGUAAAGGAUAAAAAAAAAGGAUAAAGAAAUUUUAGAUUGAAAUGUGUAUAUAUAUAUUUUAAUGAAACGAGAUUCCUUGUUGCUUCCAUUCAGUAUUUUUCUAUGUAAUUUUAGUUUGCAAAAU